AAUUGUUGAAAAGAUUUCCGGUUUCUUGUUAUAUUUGCCUUUUAAAUUGUCAAUAUCCCAUCAGCUCAAGAAAAGUCUUCCACGAUGUACUACUAUUGGUCAUGCCAAAUAUACGCACUCUCCCCAGAUCUACAGACUAUACCCUCUACAUAUCCUCCAUUAUGCCCCGUCCACAUAUAUGCGUGAGAUGCCGCAAAACCAAGCCCGCAGAGGAGUUCCAAAGCCAGGAUGCAAAAGCUCCGUUCAAAACUUGUCUUCCUUGUCGAAUGUAUUUCCGGAAACAUUAUUCUUCCAGAGGGCGUUUGCCUCGUUCUCAGCCAAGUGUCAAUUCCAAGGAAGAGAAACGGCGACAGAGCACCGAUGAUUCCCGUGUUGAGGCUGGUGAAUUCCAGUCUGAAAGAGGCCAGGUUGCUAUUAGUCCAUCGCCUAACCGGCCUUGUCCUCUUCCACCUGACCCUUUUGAUAGGGGAGAGAAUGACCUUGAGAAUCAAAAUUUGCGCGAACCCGGGUCUACAGUCCCCCAACCCCAAUCCCAUCCGCCUCCUUCACCUUAUUUUGAAACACAGCAAGACCUCUAUCAAGGACCAGAGCGCAACUCUGAUUUGUCUUGCACUGCACAAUCAGAACAAGCCAAUUCCAUCAUUCACCGAUUCGCAGACCCAUAUUCCCUUUCUCUUUUCGCUCUUCCCCAACUUGACCCUGACCGUCUGUGUCCUAUUGACGGUUGUACAUCUUGUUUUACAUACUCCAUACGCGUAUAAAAAGAGAAAAUGAACGCGAAAUCUUCAUUUCCUGUUCAAUAUUGAUAUCUCCAGCACCUGAUAUUGACGCCAGGGACUAUGUCUCUCAAGGAGAGGUGGCAGAAUAGCAACAGACAACAAGGACUCAGCGUGUGGUGGUUCAUUUUCACAGUUCAAAUUAUGGAUGCUG